AUGGCCAACAAUUCCUCUUCAUCCUCCUCCAGCAUCUAUCUGAUCCACUGUGCGGACUCUGUAGAUGGAGCUUACAUUUCCAUCGCCUACUACAUCAUUCGGACUCUCCUCUUCAUCCCUCUCUGCACCUUCGUCCUCCACCUGGGUUACCGACAAUGGCGUCAGCAGCGCUCUUUUGCAACAACCAGCCACUCGGAUAUCUUCACCUACCACAUGGUCGCUCUGGAGAUGUUCUUCGCUGUGGGGUUUAUGAUGUACUGUUGUGGUAGACUUACUCUGAACUUUGUGGUGAUGAAUCCGGGCUUUUAUCUGUCCUAUCUGUGCUUGCCUGGACAGAUCGGCUUUCAUGUCCUGACCUGUUUGGAGAGAUACCUGGCUGUUGUCCACCCGGUCUUGUACAUGAAGCUGAAACAGUCCGGUGGGGUCAGGAUCAGGAACAUCAGCACACUGUGUGUUUGGCUUUUUGCAAUUGGAUGGACCGGACUGGUGGUCCAGUGGGGUGAUGCAUUUCCCUAUAAUGAGAUUUUCUGUGUACUGGCUGUCUCCUUUACCCUGAUCUCUUUUUGCAGCCUUGUUGUUCUCUGUGUUCUGAUUCGUCCAGGGCCUGGGAAAGCUGGCAGGAACAAGGAGAGGGUUAAUCAAUCAAAGCAAAAGGCUUUCUACACCAUCAGUUUUAUCUUGGCUAGUCUCUGGUUGUGGUUUGGAGCCCUGCUAGUUGGGCUUGCUCUGGACAAAUCCACCCUGCUGAGUUACGAAGCUGGAUGUCUGGCGCUGGUGUCUGCAAACUGGUUUGGUCUGCCAUGUAACCUAGUGUCGCCUCUGCUGUUCCUGCACAGGGCGAGGAAACUCACCUGUUGGCGUUAG